AUGGUGCCACCUCUCAAUGUAGCCUUUGAAGAGGCGACGCGCAUAACUCCGCAAGGCGACAACCAGUACACCGUGGAUCUCAAAACGGAAUGGUGCAUAGGAACAGUUCCCCACGGUGGAUAUACGACUGCCGUCCUGUACAAAACUGCCAUCAAGCACUUUGAAUACGCGCACCCGAAGCAAUACGAUUCCCCCGCCUCCCCAAUAUCCAUCCAGCUUGCUUUCCUCCGACGCACGCUUGCGGGCCCCGCAACGAUACUCGUCGAGGAUGUCAAGAUCGGACUGCGCACUAGCACCAUCCAUAUCAAGCUACUCCAGGGCUCCGAGAAGAAGAAGGGAGAACAGGAAGUUAAGAUCAGUGGGUAUAUUACCGUUAGCCCGCCAAGCGCCGAGGUAGGGCUCAGCGCGCCGUCUGGGUGGGAGCUUACUCCUGCUGCUCCACCGGGGACAUUAGCGAAUGGAGGUGUAAACUUCGAGGCAUUGGGCCGGACGGGACGCGACGGUCUUUGGACAAGGACUUUGCCGCCGUUUCCCGAAUUCCGGCGCGCGGCUACACAUUUAGAGGUAUACAGGCCCGUGAAGGUCGAGGCAGGACAAGGGCUACCGCAAUCGGUCAUUGAACAGUCAAACAAGUUUGAAGAAGAACGUGGGGAGAAACUAAUUGGGGACCAAUGGGCACGGUUCCGACCAGGGCAAGACGAGAAGGGACGGUGGACCGAUGCCGCUGUGGUAUAUCUGACUGACAUGUUCCCGAUGAUGCUAGAUGGGCUUGAUCGUGCUUCCAAGUCUGCAAUGGCCAAAGCAGAGAAAACGUCCGAGGAAGGCAUCAAGGCUAGCUUCUGGUAUCCCACGGUCACCUUGAAUAUCGACAUGAAAAAGCAUUUACCCGCUGAAGGCGUGGAAUGGCUCUUCUCUCGUGUGGUCAUCACGUCAGUCAGGAAUGGGCGAACUGAUUUGAAUGUUAUAAUUCUCGAUGAGAAGGGUGAGGUGGUUGCAAUCAGCACACAAGUCGGGCUGGUGGUGAGCGCAAGCAGGAAUCUUGGAUCUCGAAAGAUGCAGAAGUUAUAG